AUGGCGAAAUACGAUACACCCGGCAAAGACGUCGCUGUUGGUGAGCAACUCGAGCUCGCAACCUCCUGUGACGGCGAUGCUGCCCAGGCUGCCUACGUUGCGGCGGUCGAAGCUCUGACUCCUGAUGAGCAGAAGAGGACAACCCGCCGCAUUGACGUCCGCCUGGUCUCAACGCUCGGAUUCCUCUACUGUGUCUCCCUCAUGGACAGGAACAACACUGGAAUUGCCAUGAUUGCUGGCAUGAGCACGGAUCUGGUCAUGACGGGCAGCCGAUACUCUGUCGUCGUGCUCCUGUUCUUCAUUCCCUACGUGCUUUUCCAGCCUCCGUCGACCGCCGUCCUACGGAAAGUAGGACCACGCCUUUUUCUGUCACUUACAACGCUGGUUUGGGGUUUGGCAACCAUCGCGAGUGGGUUCGUCAGGAACUGGAGCGAGCUCAUCCCCCUCCGGCUCAUCCUUGGGGCUUGCGAGGCUGGAUUCUUCCCAGGUUGCGCAUACCUGCUCAGUUGUUGGUAUCCCAGAUACGACCUCCAGAAAAGAAACGCCGUGUUCUACCUCAUCGGAACAACCAUGUCUGCGUUCUCAGGCGUCCUGGCUCUCGGCUUCUCGCAGCUGGACGGCCAUGGCGCCGGUCCUUCCUGGUGGGGCCGAGUCGUGGUCGAUAAAGAGACCGACGCCAUAACUGUACAAAGCGGAAUAUCGGGGUGGAGGUGGAUCUUCAUCCUGCAGGGAGUGCUCACCUGUGUUGUGGCUGGCUUCGCCUACCUCACCGUCUUGGGCUUCCCCGACGCUGUGAGCCAUGUUUUGGGCCUCAAGUUGACUAAGAGAGAGGCCGACUUUAUCGUGGCAAGAAUCGAACUGGACAGAGGGGACGCCACUGCUGAACGCUUUUCUCUCCGCGAGUAUAUGGCAAAUGCUUACGACCUCAAGAUCUGGGGCUUCGCCGCACUCUUUGGUCUCACUACCGUCAAUACAUACGCUAUUGCUUACUUUCUUCCAUUGAUCUUGAAAGAUGGUCUGGGAUUCAGUGUCGCCGUGUCUCAGUGCCUCAUUGCGCCUCCGUACAUCGCUGCAGGAGUUGCCAUGUAUACUAUGGCAUACCUGAGCGACAAGUAUCGGAUUCGUUCUCCGUUUAUCGUAUUCAACGGCUGCCUGCUCCUCGUUGGGCUGCCACUGCUCGGCUUCGCUACCAACGUGGGCGCACGAUACUUUGGAGCUUUCGUCACCACCACGGCUUGCAACGCCAAUGUCCCCUGCAUCCUGACCUGGCAAGCUAAUAAUAUUCGCGGCCAAUGGAAGAGAGCUCUCUGUUCGGCUACCCUGGUUGGGACGGGGGGCAUUGGAGGUAUUAUUGGUAGCACCGUGUUCCGCAGCCAGGACGCGCCUGGGUAUCGGCCAGGAAUCUACGCUGCAAUGAUUGCCAGUAGCUUGAUUAUUCUCAUCACCCUAGCGCUGGAUGUCAAGUUUUUCAGAGCGAACAAGCGCGCUGCGGCUGGUGGGAAGAUUAUCGGAGGGCUAGAGGGAUUCCGGUAUACACUUUGA